AUGGACAUUCUGGGGCUCGAGGAGGCCGAUAUCGUGCCCGUCGACCCUGGCACUGCGGCGGAGAGCGACGCGGAUGCGGACACAUUGUGGGACUCGCAUGGCUUCUCGGAGGACAUUUAUCGAGAAGCCAUGACAGCCGCGGGCGCGGCAACGAGCCACAUGGCGGAGGGCGAGCAGCUGGCAGCACAUCAUGUGUCAGCCAGUGCGAGCGAGAUCACGGGGAGUGGAGCGGCGGAGAGUGACGUGGAUGUGGACGGAUUGUGGGGGAACCUUCAGUGGCAAGCCUCAUCGGCAGCGGCCACUGCGGCAGCGGGCCACGUGGCGGAGCAUGGGGCGGGCCACGUGGCAGAGGCGGAGGAAUGGAAUAUACCAAUGGAGGGCGGCGAGGAAUGGUUGGGCGAGCAGCUGUCGGCGUUGAAUCUCCCCGAAGGCAUCUCCAUCGACGACUUCCUCGAAGACGCACUUGUCACCCACGACCUCCACGCCGCCCCCCCUGCCGCCCUCCCUGCCGCCCCCGCCGCCCUCGCCAAUCCCGCCACUUUUGCUGCGCCAGGAGCGCUGGGUGCGUCACUCAGAGGAGUGGGCGCAGCUGCGGUACCUGCAGGGCAGGCGGCGCCCACGGCUGUGCUACCAGCACGAGCUGCAGGCGCAACCACCAUCGCAUCUGCCGUUGCAGCGCUGGCCAAGGCCAAAGCGGCACAGAGCACCGCCACCGCAGCAGCAGCAGCAGCAGCAGCAAGGGGCGGCUUUGCACUGCUCGCUACCGCUUCCAAUCCCGACCUUGCUCCCCUCGCUGCCGCCGCUCCUGUGGGCGCCACUGCCGUGAGAGCGCUGGUGCGGCAGAGGUUGCGGCCUGUGCGCGCCGCUGCCGCCGUCAUGCCGGCCACCGGCGCGUCCAUGGCGGGGCGUCACGGGCGCACGCAGGUGUUCAACACGCCGUGGCUGGCGGGUGCCAGGGGGGGAGCAUGGCAGGCGGGUGGCAGCAGUCGGAGCAGCGGCGUGACUCACGCACACCCGCAACUGCAUCUCGCGGAGGACUGUCUCAUGGGUGCUCAAGGGUUGUCUAGGGAUCAGCAUGAGGGCAUGGUAGCAGCAACACCCAUGGCAGACCAUGUUGCCAUGGACGCCACUGUGGGACAUGGGGUAAGGAUGCUGCCGCUGCCAGGCCGUGUUCCCCUAGUGGGUGUGCCUAUAGCUGGUGUUCCUCUAACGGGUAUGCAUAUUGCUGGUGUUCCUGUGGCGGUUUCUCCUAGAGCUAACCGUGUGUUGGAGCCCCCAAUACCCGGUGUUCCUGCCAGGACUGCUGCUGCCCUGCCUCGCGUGGCACCAGCCCCACGUGUAGCCGCUGGGCUGCAUCUAGCCCCUCCCGCCAUCCCUGCCGCUCUAAUGAUCGCUCCUGUGGCUGCGCCUGCAACUCCAGCCUUUGCAGCGGUGGCCUUAGAGCGGCAUGGGGAGAGGCAUGGGGAGGGGCAUGGGGAGAGGCAUGGGGAGAGGCAUGGGGAGAGGCAUGGGGAGGGGCAUGGGGAGAGGCAUGGGGAGUGGCAGGAGGAGAGGAAUGGGGAGAGAAGAGAGGCAGAUGGGGCGAGAGGCAGGGCAGGGCGGGCUAGGAGUAGUGAAACCCCGAUGGAGGCGGAGGGGCCAGCAGGCCCCACUGCAGCAACUCCAUCCCAGAUGAUGCCGGCACACAGUGUGCUGCCAGGCCGCAGCACUGGAGCGCAUGGCGUGUGCGGUUUGGAUGCGGGCGAUGGAGAUGCUCUCAGUGCACCGCGCUCACUGCAUCCUCCUGCUGCUCCUCUGCUGCCACUGCCAGAGCAGGCACGCAAGCCAGCAGGGCUCGCAACAGUGAUUCUUAAGGGAGGGCGCGUGGGGGAGGGAGGGGGCAGGCUGGUGCUCCGUGGUAAAGGGGCGGCAGCAGGAGAAGGGGGCUGUGGGGCGGAAGGGCCGUGGUGGGUUGGUGUACGGUGGAGUGGGGGAGCACAAAGACAGGCUAUUGGGGGGUUAGUGGGAGGGGAUGGAGAAGCGGGAGAGGAGCCUUAG